UCCACUUCAGCACCAUCUGCUCGCUGCAAAAAGUACCCUUCUUCAACACCAAUCUCCUCUCUCUCUCUCUCUCUCUAUUUUGUUUGAUAAAUACCCAGAAAACCCUUUCAGUCUUCUAGCUCUCAAUUUCUUUUUCUUUUUUACCUUCUUAUUUCAUAGAUCCAGGGUGCUCUUCUUCUUAGUUCACAUUGGCAUAGAUAAAGGACUGUACGGUCAGAUCUAAGCCGUAUUCUAGCAAUGUCGUUUACCGGUACUCAGCAGAAAUGCAAGGCUUGUGAGAAGACUGUUUAUCCGGUCGAACUUUUGUCGGCUGAUGGGAUCCCUUACCAUAAGUCUUGCUUCAAAUGCAGUCAUUGCAAAGGGACACUAAAGUUGGGUAAUUACUCCUCGAUGGAAGGUGUCGUUUAUUGCAAGCCUCAUUUCGAGCAACUGUUCAAGGAGUCGGGGAAUUUCAACAAGAAUUUCCAGUCACCUGCAAGGUCAGCUGAGAAGUUAACUCCUGAGCUGACAAGAUCACCUAGCAAAGCCGCCAGCAUGUUUUCCGGGACACAAGAAAAAUGUGCUACUUGUGGCAAAACUGCUUAUCCACUCGAGAAGGUAACAGUGGAAGGACAGUCGUACCACAAGUCAUGUUUCAAAUGCUCUCAUGGUGGCUGCCCUAUAACUCCAUCAAAUUAUGCAGCACUUGAAGGCAUUUUGUAUUGUAAACAUCACUUCUCCCAACUUUUUAAGGAGAAAGGAAGCUACAACCACCUUAUCAAGUCUGCAUCGAUUAAGCGCGCAGCUGCCUCCGUUCCAGAAGCUUAAAUCCGUGUGUUAAUAUCCAUAUCAUUUUGAGUUUUUCCUUCUUUCCUCGUGAUUGCCGGUGUGUUUGAUUUAUGUUUAUGUGAGAACCGAAACAAAGACAAAACAAAGAACUGGGUUCAGACAUAUUUCGGGUUUGCUGGUUCAUCAGCGUAUAUGUAUGUUAUGAUGUUUGAUUGAUGUAUGGGAUUGGGAUCAUUCUGCAUUCCCCAAUUUGUAAAAACGACCAUUCCACAAUGUUGAAUGAAUCUAUAUUCAUGAAAUUUGUUGAACAAUAA